CAGGUCUUCCCCCAACCCAGGAGCAGAUGAAUCACGAAAAACUCCUCAAGAAUCGGAAGGGGAAGGGCGCCGCGGCCGACGCUGCCCUUGCCAAGGCCAAAACCGUCCAGGCAGCUGACUCCAACUCUUCCGCCUCCCAGGCCGAUCGUCGCACCGUGGAGGCGGAGCAGCACCUCAUUGCCACGGUGUUGGCACAAGGGUCCCAGGCCCCAGUCCUUGAUUCUGGCGUCCCCGAGGUUGUGGCGCCUCUGCAGGCCGUCCAUCCCCAGGAGGGGGAGAAAGCGGACAAAAAGUCCAAAAGGCCCAGGGGAACUGGUUCUUCGGCCCUUGAAGGGCAAGGGGUGAUCCUCCCCUCUCUCGGACGUCCGGC